UCUUCCGUAACCGCGACGCGAUCUGCUGACGAUGAUGACGAGGAAGGCCGAUGCAGCAACAAGCAGCAAAGAGUGCUUGUUGUGCGGCGGAGGUGGCGGUGGAAACCAUGGGCGCAUGGACACGGGUGCUGGCUGGGUAGCAGCGUUCUCAGCUUCAGCCCUUGGUGCAGCCAUUCGCUACUUCAUUGCAGUGCUUUCAGGGUACACGCAGAACGACGCCUUCCCCUCCGAGCAUGCAUUAAUCCUGGGGUGCGCCGUUAUGGGCGCCGUCUCCGUCGUGCAACGCAGAAUAAGCAAGUGGCUCGCAUUCAUUGUAGCCACAGGGUUUGCUGGCUGUUGCACGACCUUUUCAUCCUGGCAGCUGGAGGCAGGAGCACUCUUGUUUGGGCAGCCGGUCGAGGUGUUGGUGAUUGAACCCGACUCGCCAACAGAGCAGGCGCUGAGCUGGCUGUCGCUGCUGGUGUCCGGCGUCUUCGUGUCGCUGGGAGCGUUUGGCGCAGGCCGCGUACUUGCUCUCGCGUGCAUCACUGCACACGGCGACGUCGCACCGCUGCCAACAACGCUCUCUGCGUCGGCGGCCCCAAAGACAGACGCGCAGCUGGAGACCAUCCUGCAGCACAUGCUGUCGGACAACGCCGGCAGCAACGGCAGCACGGCAGCAGCAGAUGCAGACGGCGAGACAGCAGCGGCAAGUACAGCCCAGCAAGAGCAAGUGGAAGACCUCGAUCCAAGUCUGAGCGACGACGACGAUGAGGACGGUGAUGCUGGUGACCGUGCACCAUCGCCUCUCUCUGGCACAGCCACAAUGGCUGCGACAACGGCAACGCCGGCAACAGCAGUCACAGCACCACAGCAGCCCACAUAUGUGGUGGACAGCCCGCCACCAGCUGUCGCUGGUGCAGAUGUGUCGCCAACACCAGAGAGGCUUCCCCUCGUUGCUCUCGCUUUUGUGGUGCCCGUGGUUGCCAUCACCAUCGCUUGCCUGUCUGUAGACAACACACAGCACGUGGGUGUGGUGUGGAUCAUGAUCUUCGCUCUCCCAGGCAUGAUGAUACGGCACUGGUUGUGUACUCGCAUUCGUCCGCGCCGGUACAAGCACGUGUUCUACUUCAACGGUACCUUGAUUGCAAACAUGCUCGGUACCGUCGCGCUCGCUCUCCUCGGCAUUCUGCGCGACCAGAAAUCUCUCUUUGACACAUCCUCCCUCGCAAGUGCUGCGUCGGUGAGCGUUGGGCUGCAGGUUGGUUUCUGCGGAUCCCUCACCACCGUGUCGUCCAUGGUCAACGAUGCUUACAAACUCAUGGACAGCAGGCCCGGCCUGGCCCUGGCGUAUUUGGCUUGGUCCGUGGUGCUCGCUCAAGCCCUCCUCAUCCUCGUGUUUGGAACAUACGCGUGGACCAGAUAGCACACGUCACACACGCGCGCGCGCACACGCAGACACACACAGACACAUAGACACACACACACGCACACACACACGCACACACACACACACACA